AUGGGCGGCUGCAACCCUAGUCACACGCCCAUGGAGCCCAGGUUGAAGCUCAGCAAGAUCAGCACAACCCCGCCGGUCGAUGCCACUGAGUAUCGCGGAAUCGUCGGCUCUCUGCGGUACCUUGUGCACACGAGGCCCGACAUCUCCUAUUCUGUUGGUUAUGUUAGCAGAUUCAUUGAGAGUCCCACCGCCGAGCACCUCGCAGUAGUGAAGCGCAUCUUGCGUUACAUUGCGGGAACAAUUGACUACGGCUGCCACUACAAGAAGACAGGAGCGGAGCUCAAGCUGUUGGGGUACAGCGACGCCGACAUGGCCGGUGACAUCGACACCCGCAAGAGCACUACAGGGGUGCUGUUCUACUACGGCUCCAGUCUUGUAAGUUGGCAAUCCCAGAAGCAAAAGGUCGUCGCGUUGUCAUCGUGUGAAGCUGAAUACAUUGCGGCGACGACGGCGGCCUGUCAAGGUGUCUGGCUAGCGCAGCUGCUCUCUGAACUGAGGAGUGAGCAGUGCAGGCCUUUCAUUCUAAAGAUGGACAGCAAAUCGGCAAUUGCACUCAAUCACGGUGUGAACAUAGGAGAGCCCGCCGAUGAGCAGUACUACGAGCAAGCGAACGAGGACCAGUUCUGCGACCCCGAGACCGAAGGACAGCACUUCGAUCAGGAAUCCCCGGAAGGAUUUGAAGACGGCAUGUUCAAUCCCAUCCUUUGA